UGCCCAGCUCGUCCGUGUCGGCGUCGCCGUCAGAGACGGGCGACGCAUCCAGCGACGUCGUCUCGGACAAGUUCUACAUGUGCGCUUCCCUCGACGGCGACGGCCGCGUGGUCAGCUCGCUGCAGCAGCUCUGCCAGUCGCCACCGUGGCUCGCCGACGCUGGCGUGGCCCGGACCGACCGGGCGGCGCUCCGGGUCGACUCCCACGACCCGACGGCCCUGGCCUCGCUGCCGCCCGAGCUCGUGGUCACCAGGACGGCAGAUUCGCCACUGGCGCGCCACCGGGUCCUCGUGCUUGGAGCCAGCCAGGUCGGCAAGACGUCGCUCACCAGCCAGUUCAUGACGUCCGAAUACAUCUGCUCCUACGACAGUUCUGUCGACGAGGACAACGAGAAGGCGGUGAUGGUCGUCCUCAACGGGGAAGAGUCCGAACUGGUCUUUAUCGAACACGCGCACCAAGAGGAACAGCUGCAGACUAGGACUCCGCUGCCCGGCCUCAAGAGCCCUCCUCCGGUCUUCAACCCGGUAGCGGCGUACAAUCCAGACGCGUACCUGGUGGUGUACAACGUGUGCAAUCGCGGCAGCCUGAAGACAGCCAAGGAGUACCUGUCUCUGAUCCGUCGGUGGGACAACGUGGACCACAAGGCCGUCAUCCUGGUGGGCAACAAGACAGACCUGGUCCGCCUGCGCACUGUGGCCACCGACGAUGGGCGCUACCUGGCGACCAGCGAGGCGGUCAAGUUCAUCGAGACAUCGGCGGGCAUUAACCAUCACGUGGACGAGCUUCUGGCGGGACUGUUGCACCAGAUCCGGCUCAAAAGCCACAACAGCGAGAAAGAGGGCCGCAAGCGGGACUCCGUUCGGAUCCGGGGGCGCAACUCAAGCUCAUCUUUCUCCGGCUGCAAGGCCAAGGUCUUUCUCAAGAGGUUUCUCCGCAAGGCCUGCUCCCGCUCGCGCUCCUGCGACGACCUACACGUCCUCUGAGCGUUGGGACGUCUUGCCGCUGCCCCGCUGGUGCCAGCGGAGUCGCGGCGACGGUCUCGGAGGUCGAGUGUGCUGGCGUUUCGGCGCGUGAGAGACGCUGUGGCCAAACCCCUGUCUCGCCAGAGACGCCCACGCGCCCAGCGCCCCGAGGGGCUGUUGCGCGAAAGGGAACAACGGAGAACGUCGCGAGAGCAAAGCGCUACUCUUUCUCGUGUUUCCACUCUUUUUCUUUUUCUCUCGAUGGGAGACAAGUGGCGUGCUGUUGGGUUCCACGUACACGCGUCUCGCCGGAGAACAGCACCAUUGCGCUUCCUCCUUCGUGUUCGGUGAAAAGACUUCAGGGAAAUGUCUCGCGAUUGUUUCUAUAUACUGUGGGUCAUCUUUUUUCCACGUUUCAUGGGUAUGUGUGCCUGAGCCAAAAUCGGACGGCAAGAUGCCAUUGCUUCCGAACACACCAGGAUUGAUCUGUAUCGACGAUGUGGUGUAUUCGUUUUUUUCUCUUUUAUCGGGUCUAGGGAGGGGGAUUAUGCCUUACCUUGCGGUUACGAAUGUUCACUCGCUAGAAGACAUCGACUAGCGCAUAAGAAUUCGGCAAAUCAAAGGCUCAUACUGGAUAAUGUCGUCCUGUGUCUUGGAAUGUGGUGAUCACCUUCACGCCAUGUCUUAAAGACGACAAAGCGACUGCUGGUCAGCGUUUUGUUGGGUACGAAAGCGUGUUGAAUUACUUACCGUUGAACAAUCCUGUUGAUAUAUCAUGAUGUGUUUGUGUCGCGCCAUGCGAGGGAAUGAUAAAGCCGAAUACGAGUUGAGCUUAGCAACCCGUCAGUUUGCCGCUUUUUUUUUACUUUUUGCACAGCGCGCUUGUAGUGUGCCGUUAUUUUCUGUUUGUAACAGUUAAACAAGUACAAUGCUAAAAAUCUUGCUUCAAAGGGGCCUUAAAAAGUUUUUUCCUUCCCCAUAUAGACGCGGUUUAUGGUCACCAUAUUUGAGUUUUUUCAGACAAUAUUUUUGUUAGUGGUCGAGCUACCACGAAUAGGCUAGCACCGAGACGCAACAUUAUAAGCCUUGUUGAAUGCUUGUUAUUGGCGCAAUUGUUGAAUUUUUAAACAUAAUAAGAGAACUAGGACAAGUGUUCUACAGGUGUCGAUUUUUUUAAUCGCGGGUUGACGAGUCUUGCACUUACCAGAGUUUCUACUUUGCUCAGUGAAAUGUGCUCCCUUGAAGUGUGUCCUGCCGUUCCAGUGUUAGUGGUACAGUGCUCUAAGCAGAGAAUCGACCCAACUUGAGCUGAUAAGUGACUAAACUUGAAAGCGGUCAGGGUCGACUUGAAGUUUCUAGAAGCAUAAAACACCAAGAUCAGAAACUGCGGCUAAACGCAUGUUGCAGUCGCGGCUGCCAACAGCCGGGAUGUGUAAGGCGUAGAACAGUGUAUGUAUUUAUUUUAGAACGCUGCAACCGAAACAACAUCGUUCUAAAUGUUGCGUUCACACAUAAACCUCCAAGCUGUGUUAAGCUCAUGCAUUAGAUUCGUCAUUUUCUAGUUUUUAAUGGCUAAACUGAGAAAGAGAGAGAGAGACAUUGCAACGCUCCUCAGUAAUAAAAAAAAAGUUUUCAAACUCUUGCUAUUAAAAAUAAAAGGAAAAAGAAACAAAAAACAUGGCUGACGAAACGAGAGUAAGCUGUUGUGAAGGCACACGGAGUGGACAUCAUAACGUCAAAGACGAGAACUUCCGAAUGUUAAUGGCGGCAAUCGUCUAACGCUGGUGCCAGUGGCGAGGGGAAACCCGACGGGGUUUCCCCUCGAGUGUCUCAGAAGAAAGUGGGCAGAGCAGACGCAGCGACAGGGUCCGUCAUCUGAAUGUUUGGCGCGUUCCCAUGGCUCGCGGAAGCUUCGGCGUUCCGAGCGAUUCCGUGUCGUCGUUACUGACAUGUCGAAGCGAUGGUUCGCCGAUGGCUAACUUGACCUGGCGUCCACUCAGCAUGGAUUGGUGCGUUGAGCUGUGCAGUUCCCGUCUAACACGCGUGACUGGAAAGUAAGGCGUGUGGUUUUCGCCUGGACGGUUGGGUGUGCGCGAAAUUGCCAAGGGGUGCUCUUUUGUUCUUCUCACGUCACAGCUUACCGCUUCGAUUAACGGGUUUCGCUGUUGUUUUUAUUUGUUUUUGUUUUUUAAGUUGACGAUAGUGCUAACUUGUUUUUGUCACUGAGGCCGUAAAAACUUGUUAUUCCGAUCUUGAAAAAAAAAAAAUUGCCAUAUUUCACGCCACCCUGAUUGGCCUAGCGCGCUGGGGUGCGCGCAAGGAUCGCAUGUGCCUUGCUGCCUCUCACGAAUUUUCAUCGGACACCAAGUCCUCUAGCAUUAAUGAAAAAAAA